CCGCUCGGUUGCGACGCCAACUCUUCUGUCCUCCUCUUGACAGUCCCCGUCGCCACGGCACACUUCCUCAUGACGCAGUCCGAGACGCCUCUUGAACUCGGAGCCCAAACGGCCCCAAACGACUUCUCUCUCCUGCCCGACCUGUCGUUUCCACCUCAAACUAAUCUGGCUUUUCAGCUCCCCAGGCCGGAGUCGAACUCGGGUCAGGUCGGGCCGGGUCGUGGAGUGGGAUGA